CGGCUGAAAUUUCAUAGACACAGACACUUUUAUUUUAUUUCAGAAUCAAAAUUAUAUCAAGUAUCAAAUAAAGAGUGAUGUAAUAUUGGCACAAUGUUACUAAUACUUCGAGAAUAGCGAAACCAGAUUUCAAGUUACUGCCUACAAUUUGACUAGAAAGGCCUGUUACGAAAUGCCCGGUUAACCUACAUUUUAAUCCAACAGAACCUCAAAUAAUCCUUUAUAAUAAGGUUUUUUUUUUGUUUUUUUCUUUCUCCUUAGAACAUUGUCGUUUUGAUUAUGUUUUGUUUUUGCUAUCGUUACAGUACAGUUGUAUGCUGACUGACCGAGGCCCUAGCUAUAGGUAGGGUUAGACAGAUUUGGUUGGGCCAUGUGUCUAUGAGGUAUAAAAGCCACACUUAUCGCUCCUAAGGCACAUUCGCUCCUACAUCCUCCUUCUUCACAACUACGGAACACCCCCAUCCCUUCACCAUGUACAAGCUGGUCGUAUUCACCGCUCUCCUGGCCGUAGCCGCCGCCGCCCCCGGCUACAUCGGCGGGUACGCGCCCUACGCCGCGGCCCCCAUCGCCGCCGGCUGGGGACACGGCAUCGUCAGCGCGCCCAUCAUCAGCGCACCUGUCGUUAAAGCCGCCGUACCCGUCGCCACCUCCUACGCCAACACUGUCAAGCUCGCUUCUCCCGCUGUGGUAGCUGCCCACGCUCCCAUUGUCGCUGCGCACGCGCCGCUGGUCGCCGCUCCCGCUUAUGCCCACGCCUGGUGAUCCCAACAACCAACCAAUCUAGGUCCACACCACCCGGCCUAGUGAAACAUAGUCCAAAAUAGUGCAACAGUCAUCAUCUACUCCAUAUUUAUAAAGUAGUGCUAAGACAAUUCGGAAUGUUUGAAUGGAGCAAAAAUCUAGCUCAUUAGAGUUGGAAAGUUGUGCCAUGUUUGGAACCGUAAUAAAAUGAUAUAAAUUCAUAAAAUUGUUUAUUGGUUCUCCCGUUUAUUGCCACUACACCGAUUUCUUUAAAUUAGUAUUUUUAAAUUCACUGCUACGCAAAUAAAUAAUAAAUCUCAAUUAAAAGGUGCUAUAUUAACAUGACCGUAAAUUGAAUUAUGUUAAUUCAUGAUUGAUGGGUUUGGCGCCUACGGGCUAAAUGUUUAAGA